AAGGUCCCUUUUGAUGUUGAUCGAAACUGACAAACGCAGCGCUCGAGGGUUAAGGGAUGCUGUCCUGUCCGCAGCAAUUAUGGUCAAAAUUUAAUGCAAUGGAUUUGUCGAAGUCCAAAUCCGAGAGAGAGAGAGAGAGAGCGAUAUAAUAUGAGAGAAAGAUAUUAAAGCAAACAAAAUAGUGAGGUUAAGUCGGUAAGGAAUUUAUGAUCUCGUCGAAAAAAAUUGAAAUGUAAUGUGAAAUCAUAACACCCAAGAAAAUAUGAAAUUAAUGUGGUUAAGUAAAAACAAAUUUGAACAAACAUGUCGGACGUGCAGCGUUUGACCAAUCAACUAGAACUAGCUCGAAAAGAGAUCAACAACCUUCGCAAACUUCUGCUGUCGCUGAAUCAUAUCCAUCGGAAGGAAGUUGCUGACAUUUACAGACAACUAGAAACCUGGCAAUGUACUAAUUGCAGAAACAGUGUUAAUGAUAUUUCACAACCUUGUUCAUCAGCACAGGAUCAGAGUGAACUGUUGUUUAAACCAAUAGGGAGUAUUGAGACAAACUUUCCAGAAAAAAGGUGUACUCCUCGACAGACAACUAUAUGUAGAGAUAUAGUCGCAAAAUUAAUACUUGAAAAGGAUGUUUUCACAAAUCCUAGCCAUGCACUGGAGGGUUUGCAAGAAUUUUCUCAUAUGUGGAUUCUCUUUUACUUUGACAAAAAUGAUUCAAAACACAAUAAAGCCAAAGUAGCAGUACCCCGGUUGAAUGGCACAAAAACCGGAGUAUUUGCUACAAGAUCUCCUCAUCGUCCUUGUCCUAUUGGUUUAUCUUUAGUUAAAAUAGAUAGAAUUAAGGACAACAUUAUUUAUUUCUGCGGAGUUGACAUGGUCAAUGGCACCCCGGUUCUUGAUAUAAAGCCAUAUAUACCGCAGUAUGACAAUCCGGUCCUGUUUAAUUCUACUCAUUCUUUCAAUCAGCCAAGUGAACCUACUGGUUUGGAAGAAUCGGGUUUAGAUGUUUCAAGUUCCUCUGAACUAACUGAUACCAAUGAAGUCUUGAGUAGGGUUAUGGAUGGUCAGGAAAACCUUACUCUGGAUCAAGAAGUUGAAUCAGUUGUUGGAAGUUUGCAUUACAGAGUGGAUCAGUCGUUUUCAGAUAGAUCAAACACUCGCAUUGGUGAAAGGGAGGCGCCUGACGGGGAAGAGGAAGAACCUUCAACAAGUGGUCAGCAGGGAUCCAAGGUAUCCCAACCAGGCGCAUCUCACGGACAUGUACGUGUACCCUCUUGGAUCAGUCAAGCUCCGGUUGCAAAACUGACAGUCUGCUUUAAAGACAGAGCCUUGACACAGCUUAAGGAACUCGGUGCUGAGUGGGACAAAAAAAAUACAAUCAUGAAUGUACUGCAGGAGGACCCGAGAUCCGUGUAUCUGAGAGAAAGGUGGGGCAGUCACUGUUACGUGUUCAGAAUAGCCGAACUUUGUGUAUCCUGUAAGUUUAAUGAUGAUACCCAUACAGUUACGGUUUAUCAAAUAUUCCGUAAUGAUGGAACUGAGGAAAGCUAAAUGUCCUUGCUGCUGUGGGUGCAAUAUAACGGCUACCUAGAAUUAAUAUCAAUGCUUUUGCUGUUUAUAAUUUUAGGUUAGGAUCUUUUUGUUGUAAGUUUUUAUGCAGAAAAUGUCAAUACUAAAU